UUGGAGGAGGAAGUGAAAGGGGAAGACAGAAGCUGGGGUAGCAGGUAGUUAGCUCGCAGGCAGACAAGCCUUCAAACAAAGUGCCAAAUUUGCACAUUAGUUGCAGAUAAUCUGCCUCGCCAAUUUACGACACGGGUUUUGUUAGUGUUCACGCAAAGGGCAGCUCAUUUUUCUAAGAAUUUGAAACGAGACAUUGUCAAGUUAACGCUAGCCAACGAGUUGAGUGCCAGCGAGCCAGCUAGCUAACGUAACGCCUAGUUAGCCUCUGACGCUAGCUGCCCUGAACAAUAACAGCUAGUCAGCUCGCAGCCUGGUCCGGUACCGUCAACAAGUCUCCGCUCCGCUGUGGUACAAGGUGAAACUGUGGAAAAAUGACAUCCAGGAAGAAAGUGCUCUUGAAAGUCAUCAUCCUGGGAGAUUCUGGUGUUGGAAAGACCUCCCUAAUGAACCAGUACGUGAACAAGAAGUUUAGUAACCAGUACAAAGCUACAAUAGGAGCAGACUUCCUGACCAAGGAGGUGAUGGUGGAUGACCGGCUCGUUACAAUGCAGAUCUGGGACACGGCCGGCCAGGAAAGGUUCCAGUCCUUGGGUGUGGCCUUCUACCGUGGAGCAGACUGCUGUGUGCUGGUGUUUGAUGUGACCGCACCCAAUACCUUCAAGACACUCGACAGCUGGAGGGAUGAGUUUCUGAUCCAGGCCAGCCCCAGAGAUCCUGAGAACUUCCCUUUUGUGGUGCUAGGCAAUAAGAUUGACUUGGAGAAUAGACAGGUAACCACCAAAAGGGCUCAGGCUUGGUGUCAGAGUAAGAACAACAUCCCGUACUUUGAGACCAGUGCCAAAGAAGCCAUAAAUGUAGAACAGGCAUUCCAGACAAUUGCACGUAACGCCCUCAAACAGGAGACAGAGGUGGAGUUGUAUAAUGAAUUCCCAGAGCCCAUAAAACUGGAUAGGAAUGACAGAGCUAAACCUUCAGCAGAAAGCUGCAGCUGCUGAAGGACAACUUGGACCAUCUUCUCUCUUGGCUUUCUGAACCAUCCUGUCACCAGUUAUAUCACCUGCUCCUCGCUCCGAGGGAAAGGACUUCCCUACUGGUCUUCCUCUUUCACACCACUGUUCAUUCCAUCGACACAAUCCCUCACGAAGUACGCUGCACAUGGAUGUAUUCCUCCCCUCCCACACACACACGCACACCACUUAGUACACAAAUUAAUACACAAGCGUACUCUCGUAAAAUACACUGACAAAUCCACUGCCCAAACAUCACAGAGAGAAGAAUGACACCCCUUCUGACCUCACAGUCCCUGACCUGAUAGUGAGUGAUCUCCUGUCUUGCCCACCAAUUUGUCUGACUGUGGCCCCUGACUCUUACGCUGAGGGGGCAAGAUAGAGCCAUGUUCAAAGAGUGCAUUUGGGAACUCUAGAUGGACUGGCUGGUGCUGUGUAAUGUGAGACGAUGUUGGCUAAUGUCAGCAUCCCAAGUAUCUUAUUUUCAUUUUCUGUUUCUUGUUUGCUCUGUGUUGCCUAUCUGUCAAGAAAUAAUCGAGUUGAACUAUAUAUAUACAUAUAUAUAUAUAUAUAUUUUAAUUGGCUGAUGUUAUUUCUCAAGCCAAUCUGAAACACAUACUUGUUUUUUGUUGCACUUUCUUUUUAUGUUUUUGCCUUUAAAUGUCAUAGAGGGAUGACUGAUUUUGGGCAACGUCAGCUACCACACAGCUUUUGUUGAACUUCAAAUUAUACCUCCUCGCUUCUUUUCCCUGUCAAAUAUACCCUGAGAAUCUGUCAAACACUUUGGUGAUUGCAUUGCCUUUUCCCUUCAAGGUUGCGUGUUAAUGGGUUUAUAACUGCCUCACAAGUUCCUAAGUAGACAUUAAGUAAAAGCUGAUAACGCAGUCACAGUGUAAAACAUGGAUUGAUUCUUGAUAUAUUAAUAUUUGCCUUUUAUGUAACAUUACUUGUACUGCUACUAUUACUGCUGUAUGUGUUACGUCCUUCAUCAGACAUCUUUCAAGGCUAUGGAAAUAUGUGUCACCAACACAGCAUACACCUGUCUUCUGUCAUGUCUUUGUUAUUGCUGUUCUCCCUAUCUGCUUGUAGCUCAGGUUGGCUAAGUACUUAAUAUUUUUAACGGAUCGUGUAUUACGGUGUAUAGAUGGUAAAGGUGAAAGGCUGGUGGAUUGAACUAAAAUGGAUGUUCUCUCUUUCCAUUUAAAGAAAAAAUCCAACUUUUUGCCCUGGUAUUAUUCUUCCUCCUUAUAGAAAAAAAAACACUGCGAUGCCAAUGAUGUUGUUAAAGAAAAUUGGGAUGUCAAAUAAUAAAACUCUUGAAUAUA